CCGAAUUCGACAGUUUCUGUGGUAAAAGGGUUUGAACUCCGGCUGUGGUUUUCCUUUUCUAUUUCUGUGUGAUGGAGGAUAAAUUGUAUACCGACUAACCUGGGUCCGCAUCUGGGUAUUGUUUUCCUUGCUGAUGGAUUCGAUAUGCCAUAGAUGCACCCUCCACGUGGACGAUUGUGCUCAGCAUGAAGGUCUACGAAAGGUCUAAGAAGAUGAUUGACCCCAGCUACCUUUCCCUCGUCAUUCAAAUUGUAACAUCGGAGUACAAUGUCUCUUCUCAGCGGAGUUGCGGUCAUCACAGGCGCAGCAUCAGGCAUCGGCCGCGCCACAGCGUUCGCCUUCGCGAGACACGGCAUCAAUAAACUUGCCCUCCUCGACACAAAUAUCAAGCAGCAAGAACAAGUAGCCGCAGAGAUCCGAACGUCUCACCCGAGCAUCGAAGUCCUGCCCUUGAAACUUGAGCUCACCUCUACCGACUCCAUUAUCUCUACCCAUCGCGCUAUCGUCUCUUCCUUUGAGAGAAUUGACUAUUCUGUCAACAACGCCGGCACCUCUGGCCCUCUUGCCAACAGCCACGAGGUCUCCAGCCUGGAAGAUUUCCGGCGGGUAUUCGAGGUCAACCUCAUCGGCCUUUGGACAUGCCAGCGCGAACAAAUCCGCCAGAUGUUGGAACAAGAGCCUCUUGCAUCUACACCCUUUGGCCCACGCAACCGCGGCGUCAUCGUGAAUACUGCGAGUAUGUUGGGAUUGAUUGGUAAUCCGGCGUGCACGCCUGCCACUGCUUAUACCGCGACCAAACACGGCGUCAUGGGUGUCGUCAGGGGGGAUUCAAAUGUGUAUGCAGAGAAAGGUAUUCGUAUCAACGCCAUCUGUCCGGGGUAUGUGCGCACGAAUCUCAUGGAGGAGGGGGUGGGUAUUUCAGAGUUGAUGGCUAUGGAGUUGAAGAAAAUUCCGAUUGGACGGUUGGCGGAAUCUGAGGAGAUUGCGCAAGCGAUAUCAUAUUUAGCAAGUCCAAUGAGUAGUUAUAUGACUGGAGCUGGCCUAGUGGUUGAUGGGGGUUAUACUAGUCAGUGA